AUGAAGAGCAGGAUACCUCUCAUUCUUCUAGCUUGUGGCUCCUUUAACCCCAUCACAAACAUGCAUAUGCGUUUAUUUGAGCUGGCUAGAGAUCACCUGCACCAAACAGGAAGAUAUCAGGUGAUUGAAGGCAUAAUGUCUCCUGUUAAUGACGAGUACAGAAAGAAAGGCUUGGUUUCAGCAAGACACCGGAUAGCAAUGGCUAAACUAGCACUGGAGACAUCGGACUGGAUUCGAGUUGAUCCAUGGGAGAGUGAGCAGGAGACAUGGACAGAGACAGUAAAAGUAUUAAGGCACCAUUACAAUGAAUCACUCAGAUUGCUGCAGUCCAAGAAGGAAUUAAUGAAAAACAAAUGGCCCAUAGAAAGAUCUACAGAGGAUUCCCUUUCUUACCAGCACUCAG